GUUAAUAUCAUUAAAUUAUUAUUGCAUCCUCCUUCCAUGCCAUGCAUGGGUCACUCAAUUAGCUAAUUCUCUUUUCCAAGUAGCUUAUCACUUCCAUCAAAGGUUGCCUUGUUUUAUUUUUAUUUUUUUCCAAAAACAUGUUCAUUUAGAAAAUUUGAAUUAAUUUACAUCUAUAAAUAGGGAAGGUUGUGACACAAUAAUACACACAAACAUAAAAAGAGAGAAUGGGUGUUAAGGUUGCCAUAGGAGAAAUGUUGCCAUGCACAUCCAUGAUCAUUAUAGAAGCUUGCUCCAUUUUCUUGACGAUUAUGGCGAGCACCACCAUGUCAAAGCUAGGGAUGAGUUCUUUUGUGUUUGUGGUUUAUACAAAUGCUCUGAGCUUUAUACUUCUCAUUCCGUUCUCUAUCUUUUUCCAUAAAAAUAACAAGAUUGAGGAGCCAUUAUUUACGUUUCCCCUUGUUUUGCGUGCCUUCUUCCUUGGUUUAGUAGGGGUAACGAUAGCUCAAAAUCUUGCAUUUGUGGGACUAAGUUAUAGUUCUCCAAUAGUAGCAUGUGGUGCAGCCAACAUGAUACCUGCUUUUUCUUUCAUUAUUGCAAUUAUUCUCAGGAAAAUAAGGAUUGACUUGAAGAGGCAAGGAAGUAUAGUAAGAGUGAUUGGGAGCUUAAUAUCAAUAAUGGGAAUAUUAGCAAUGACUUUCUAUAAAGGUCCAGUUGUGAAGCAGCAUUCUCCAUCUUUUCUUCAUCUUGCCACGUCACCGCACCUCUUCAUCUUUACUUCAACACAUGAGAAUUGGGUUCUUGGUUGCUUCUUGUUUGUAUCUGCUUCCUUUGCUCUUGUCAUAUGGAACAUUAUUCAGGUCGGAACUAGCAAGAAACAUCCACAUGUGAUGAAAAUAACAUGUCUUUAUACCUUAUUUGGAACGAUCCAAUCUGCGCUACUUGCUCUAUUUAUGGAAAAAGAUGUUAGCGUUUGGAAACUUAAGCUUGAUAUGGAGCUUCUUGUCAUAGUUUUAACGGCAAUUUUCGGGAGUUUAAUACGUAGCAAUGUUCAAAUAUGGUGCUCGCGUUUGAAAGGACCCUCUUAUAUCCUAUAUUUCAAGCCUGUGGGAGUUCCAGUUGCCAGCACUUGUGGUUGUGUGCUCUUUGCAGCGACUUUCCACUAUGGAAGCAUGUUGAGUGCAUGUAUAUGUGGACUUGGUUAUUAUACUACACUAUGGGGACAACUCAAAGAAGAUGAGACAAUGAAAAACAAGAAAGGCAAUGUAACUACUUCUGAUGAAAGAGUUCCUCUUCUGCAAGAACAACAAGAAGAAGGUUCACAAGUCUAAGAUAAUGGUCAAUCAACUGUAUAUAUGGAGGGUGUGUUUUUUAAAACCCUCCUUUGCGAGUUCAAGUAUUUAUAAGAAUUACUUUGAUUGUGAUGGAAAUAACGUAACGAAGUGGAGUAUGUGUGAUAAUGUUAAUCAGAGUAUAAGAAUUACGUAUUACAUGUUUCUAUUAUCUACCUUAAUGAGGAUUAAGA